GCGGCGGCGGCGGCGGCGGCAGCGCAGGGACUGCGGGGACAGAAGCAGCAGAGACACCCGGGGAAGCCCGCGCCCCCGCCUGCGCCUCCGAGGCGCGCCCCGGGAGCGGGAGCGGCCCCGCAGCGCGGCCCAGGGCAGAGGCGAGCGCCGGAGCACCACGUUGCCGGCCGCGGGAGCCGGGGGAGCCGGGGGAGCCGGGGCAGCGGCCGGAGCUCGGGGGCGCGGCCCGGGGACCCGCAGAGCGAGCCGGAGCCAGAGGAAGAUUCCAGGCGCCAGCAUCCCGCGUCGCGGCAGCGGAGGCGGCUUCACAGGAGACAAAAGCCUGCGGAGAGGACGCGAUGCCGGGCCGGCACGGGCUUGGGGGCUGCGGCGUCUGAGCGCGCGGACCCGUGCGCCCGGGGGGCGCGGAGGCCAAGCAGGUCGCGGCGGAGGGCGGCAGGCGGGGCCCAGGUGCGCCCGGCCGCGGCGGGCCCGUCACCGCUCGGGGGGCGGCGCCCUCCCGCUGCAGCCGCAGUGGCCCGCGCCGCAGCGAGGAGCCAUGGGCAACAUCUCCUCCAACAUCUCGGCCUUCCAGUCCCUGCACAUCGUCAUGCUGGGCUUGGACUCGGCCGGCAAGACCACGGUGCUGUACCGGCUCAAGUUCAACGAGUUCGUGAACACGGUGCCCACCAUCGGCUUCAACACGGAGAAGAUCAAGCUGAGCAACGGCACGGCCAAGGGCAUCAGCUGCCACUUCUGGGACGUGGGCGGCCAGGAGAAGCUGCGGCCGCUGUGGAAAUCCUACAGCCGCUGCACGGACGGCAUCAUCUACGUGGUGGACUCGGUGGACGUGGACCGGCUGGAGGAGGCCAAGACGGAGCUGCACAAGGUGACCAAAUUCGCCGAGAACCAGGGCACGCCGCUGCUGGUCAUCGCCAACAAGCAGGACCUGCCCAAGUCGCUGCCGGUGGCCGAGAUCGAGAAGCAGCUGGCGCUGCACGAGCUCAUCCCGGCCACCACCUACCACGUCCAGCCGGCGUGCGCCAUCAUCGGCGAGGGCCUCACCGAGGGCAUGGACAAGCUCUAUGAGAUGAUCCUGAAACGCAGGAAGUCCCUCAAGCAGAAGAAGAAGCGGUAAUGCGCCCGGCAGCGUUCCGGCGCCGCCAGGGGGGAGUGCGCGCGUGAGUCGGGCAGGAAUGAAUGGAUGUGCGAGAACCCGCGCCCGCGAACAAAGACAGCGAACCAAAGCGAUGCUUCCAAUUUUUAAAACUGAAUCUCUGCGCCCAGAUGCAGGACUGGUGACUUAACCCCGGGCGUGUGGGCUGAUUUGCCAGCCUGCCCUCGACCUGCUCCCACCCCAAGCCCAGGGGACCUUUUGUCUGAGCAGCGCCAGAGCUCCCUAAGCGGGUGGGAGGCCGGCCUGGGGAGUGGACGUGCAGGGGCUGCGGUCUGCCCUCCCCGCCCCAGUGGAAGGCUCAGAUGUCAGAGACAAAAGCAAUUUCUUCCUACUCCAGCAGGCCAGAAGUUCAGGCUGCCCCGCCCUCACCUGCGAGUUACCUGAGGUAUGCAAGUCCCAGAGCCCCUGGAGCCCUCAUCGGGAGGGCCUGUUGGCGCUGGGAGGAGCUGGGGGAACAGCUCCUCCUUGCAUUCACGGGCAGUGGAAGCUGGGUUAUUUUGUGUCACAGGGCCGGCCCCUGGUGGAAUCUCAUUCGGUCUGCUCUGGGCCCAGACGAGGUGGUGUUUGGGGCUCCGGGAGGACCGCCGGGGACAAUACUCAGCCCCAGGGCGUGGGGCGCUGCGCUGGCCCUGGCCGGGGAAUGGCCACGAAGACGCACCUUCCCCGGCGAUGUGUGGCGGCGGCUAUGGAACCGGUUUUUGUGGAGAACCGCUUUUCAGCCUGGAGUCAGGCAUCCUCCAGAUGGCUUGGACCCCGUCCAUGUGUAGGUCAUUGUCACACAAAGAGACCAAUAAAAAUUAAAAAAGCAAAAACUGUUGGAGGUGGUGGCACAUGAUGCGUUCCCUGUCUGCAGGAUAGCUAAAGGUGUUCAAAGGGUAAGGCCCUGGGUGCAAAUGCCGGGUGGGUGGUGGGAGGGGGGCGUGGGGACCCCCUCUGUACUGUGUCCUUGGCAUAAAUAUCUCGGCCUGGACGUGUGGAAUCUGAAAUUCUCACAGCCUGCCGAUGGGUUGGUGUCAGAGUCCCAGCUGCAGAUGCGUGCUGAAUUGCAAGAUGGAUUUUUUUUUGUUUUGUUUUUUUACAAGGGAUGUCUCAUGAUGCUAACCGCUUGAUGAUGGGUUUUGGUUUUCAGACAUGUUUGGAAAAAAGAAAAAAAAAACUUCCACAAAUGAAUACUUACCUUAGAAAUAUUCACCUAGGGGAAAAAAAAAGACUUUGCCCUACCCUGUUACAUCCUCUCAGCGCUGCCAGUGGUGACAUGUUCCAGUCCCUAACCGGGUUCAUUGUGGCCUGCCUGGUUUGAGUAUUUCAUUACAAAUUAUCUCAUCAGAGCAUUUCACGCCAUGCACCCCCAAAAAACAAAACCCCACCUUGGUGUCAAAGCUGACCUUGUCGCGUGGAUUGGGAAGCGAAGGGGAAGGCCCAGGAUGAGGGAGGUCCUUCCUGACCCGUCCUCGUGGGGACUGGCCUGUGGGGCAAAGGCAGGCCGCGGCGAGGGCUUGCGCCAGAAAGCAAGCACGUGACGUCACGGUCGCCUGUCCUCGGGCACUGUGACCGUGUACUUGAAAGAGACUUUGGAAGGGAGAGGGAGAGAAUAGAUAUUUUUAAUAAUGUAACUUAAAUAAAUCUUCUAUAAUCAGGAC